AUGAUAUUUGGCUUUGUGCCGAUUCGGCUGGGCAUUCCUCUGUUUUGGAUGGGCUCGUGUGAGGAUAAAAAUCUGUCUGAGGUCCCAAAUAUCAGAUUACUACUGAAGCAAGUUGUUACCAUGGAGGUGAUCCAGUGGACAAAAUUGUGGGAAUUCUUCAAGGAUGAAUAUGAGAACGAGAAGAAUCUCCUUGGAGGAGCUUUAGGCACAAAAGCUGCGGAGGAUUUGAAGCUGAGGAUCAUUGAACAUAAAAUCUUGGUUGUUUCGAAUUACUAUUCGAGGAUUUCUUUGAAGAGGCUGGCGGAUCUUCUUUGCCUGAGCUUGCAGGAGGCAGAGAAUCAUAUCUCAGACAUGGUGAACUCAGAGGCCCUGAUUGCAAAGAUCAACAGACCAAUGGGGAUCGUGUCCUUCCGGACAGCCCAGGACAGCAAUGGGGUGCUCAACUCAUGGGCAUCGAACCUGGAGAAGCUCAUGGACCUGGUGGAGAAGAGCUGCCACCAAAUACACAAGGAGACGAUGAUCCACAAGGCGGUGUUGAAAGCCUGAAAACCAUUUUGAACUGAAUGGCCUUGUGUAGGUUGUGUGCGUAGUAGACUCUCUAUGGAUCUGAAUUCACUAUUGCUUGAUGGGUAAAACAAUUCUCCGCUCAAGUGCGAGCAUCGCCUGUUUGCUUUGGGAACUCGUGUGUGUGAACCGGUCUUGAAAUACUGUAACCACAGGGAAUGACGAAUACUAUUUGCUGUAUUUUUCUGAACAUUAUUUGUAUUCUUUGGUAUCCACUCUUGCGAACCUGGACUUA